AUGAAAGAAGAAGAAAAUAAUUAUAAAGAUGAACUACCUACGUUAGAUCAAGUGUUAACAAGAAAGACAUUGCCACCUAUAUGUCUUUAUAAUUUCUACAUUAUUAUGAGAGACAGACUCAAGAUGGAGGAAAUACUUGAUUUCUAUUUAGAUUUACAACAUCAUGAGUUAUUAUGGAAAAGAUAUGUAAAAUCAAUGCAACGUACAGGUCAUUUAUCAGAAGGUGACUUAAGUGAGGGCUAUCAAUCCCUUAGAGUAUUAAAGCAUUUGACAAAUGCUACUGCUAUACCAAGUAGAAAGGAAGUUAUGGAUUCAGCUCAACGACUUUUAUUACGUUACUUAGUACCUUCAGCAACCAAGGAAAUUUCACACUAUUUACCAGCUGAAUUAGUGACUAGCCUAAGACAAGAAUUAGAGAAACCAACAGGAGGACGAGAUGAUCCUGCUUUAUUUCAAGAAGUAAAAGAGUAUUUAUUUGAUUAUAUGCAGAGACAAGUAUAUCCUAAAUUUUUAAGAUUAAAAGUAUGGGGAAACAUUACAUUAUAUCAGCAAUUAGGUCGAUUAGUAUUUGGAUUAGUUUCUUUAUUAGCAGCUUUAACUACAUCAUUUAGUUUUAUAUUUCUGGGCUAUUCUCAAUGGGGGACUCGAUUCUGGGUAUGCUUUAGAUUAUAUACAUACACAUACACAUGCACAUACACAUAUAUACAUAUGUAUAUCUAUAUUCUAUAUCAUAUUUACACUGUUACUUAG